AUGUCUGACUCAUCUUUGACGGAUAUUGAAGAUGAAGAUGUUCAGAAUGCUCAGCCUGCAGUGCUGAUACAACUGCCCAUAGAAGCCGGACUCGACCUUCCGCCGCAAACCCACAUACCUCCCAGCGACUUUGACAUUUGCCAGGCAAAGUUAUAUGAGAGAGAAGUAGAGUACAAUUACAUGCGUCGACAGGCUAACAACGCCCAGUUCGCGUCCGCAAUCAAAUACAAGGCAUCUGUGGUGGCCGCCUCCGAUAACAAUGCUGCACCUGCUUGGUUCAACCAGAGUAUGAGGGAUUUACGCCGUGAUAUGAGGAGGGGUUUCCAACGCCUUCGGCGGCGACUUGACGAUACAAAUCGGCGGCUUGCGGACACUCAAAGGACUUCGGGAAAGGUAUACAACAGCACAAACGCCAAAGGCGGUGCUGUGCCGUUCGUCCAAAUUCCCUGGGAAGAUGGCACAUACCCGUGGGGAUUCGUUCAUCGGAAUCAACCCUUGCCGGCCCUCACCUCCGUUGCUGUUGUUGAAGGGCUAGAUGGACAUCAGUCACGCAAGAUAUACCACGGCUAUUACCCUAACAAUGACGUUCCUGAGAAUCAGGAGGAAAGAGUGACUGCAAUUCUAGUUGCCAUAGGGUGUGCGGACAGAUCGCGACUAGUGCGACCUGAUCACGCAGAGUAA